UGGUGGUGGUGGUGGUAUUAUCGGUAGUGGUGGAGGUGGUGGUGGUGGUGGUGGUAUCGGUAGUAGUAGUGGUGAGUGGGCGCAAACUGCGCGAAGCUAGUUCGUGGUUGAAAGCUGCAACGAAGCGCGAGGCGUGCAGAGUGCAGGAAAUUAUGAAGCGCAUAAGGAGCGCCCUGUUGGCCGCCGCUUGUGACAGCUGCCGGUGAAUGUGUGAUCCGGGGGCAGCAGAGAUCCACCGUAAUGACGACCGAAGAGACGACCGAGCAGCCCCCGGUAGACGACUGCCUGAAGGAACGGAAAUGGUGGUGCUUCCUGCUGUCGAGCAUCUUCACUUUCCUUGCCGGGCUGCUGAUCGUACUCCUCUGGCGUGCGUUCGCCUUCCUCUGCUGUCGCAAGGAACCCGAGUUCGCCCCAAAUGACCCGAAACAGAAAGAGCAAAAGACGAGCCGCCAGGGCAAGGAGUUCGAGGGGACUUUUAUGACCGAGGCCAAAGACUGGGCCGGUGAACUGAUUUCUGGACAGACCACCACUGGACGUAUUUUGGUGGUGUUAGUUUUCAUUCUCAGUAUAGCAUCGCUUAUAAUAUACUUCAUCGAUGCCUCCAGCGAAGAGGUGGAACGUUGCCAACAGUGGAGCAACAACAUUACUCAGCAGAUAGACUUAGCUUUCAAUAUAUUUUUUAUGGUCUACUUUUUUAUACGCUUUAUCGCCGCCAGUGAUAAGCUGUGGUUCAUGCUGGAGAUGUAUUCGUUCGUGGACUACUUUACGAUACCACCGUCCUUCGUGUCGAUAUAUCUCGAUCGGACGUGGAUCGGACUGAGGUUCCUCCGAGCCCUACGACUGAUGACGGUCCCUGACAUCCUCCAGUACCUAAACAUUCUAAAGACAUCGAGUUCCAUUCGUCUCGCCCAACUUGUAUCGAUCUUCAUCUCCGUCUGGUUAACAGCUGCUGGCAUCAUUCAUUUGCUUGAAAACUCAGGGGACCCGUUCGAGUUCACGAACCCUCAACAGCUUUCGUACUGGACCUGCGUCUACUUUCUCAUCGUGACGAUGUCCACGGUAGGAUAUGGCGACGUUUACUGCCAGACGGUCCUCGGCCGCACAUUCCUAGUAUUUUUUCUACUCGUCGGUUUGGCAAUUUUUGCUAGUAGCAUACCUGAGAUAAUAGAGCUCGUAGGCAGUAGGUCCAAGUACAGCGGCGAGUACAAGCGGGAACACGGAAAGAGGAAACCACCAGAUCUCGAGCUGGAGGGACUAUUCAAACGGCACUUCACCACCGUGGAGUUCUUUCAGGGGACCAUCAUGAACCCCAUUGAUCUGCAGCGGGUCAAGGUCCACGAGGCAGACGCGUGUUUGGUACUGGCGAACAAGUACUGUCAAGAUCCAGAUGCGGAAGACGCGGCGAACAUCAUGCGUGUCAUCUCCAUCAAGAAUUACUCGGAUGACAUUCGCGUUAUCAUUCAAUUAAUGCAAUAUCACAACAAGGCCUACUUAUUAAACAUUCCAUCAUGGGACUGGAAGCAGGGCGACGACGUGAUCUGCCUGGCCGAAUUGAAGCUGGGUUUCAUCGCGCAGUCCUGCCUGGCGCCGGGUUUCAGCACGAUGAUGGCCAACCUCUUCGCCAUGCGUUCGUUCAAGACGUCGCCGGAUACUCAGGCGUGGCAGAAUGAUUACCUGCAGGGCACGGGCUGCGAGAUGUACACGGAAACCCUCUCCCCGUCCUUUACCGGGAUGACAUUCCCCCAAGCCAGCGAGUUGUGCUUCACGAAGUUGAAGUUGUUGCUGCUGGCGAUCGAGAUAAAGGGCGAAGGAGGUGGCGACAGUAAGAUAUCGAUUAAUCCACGUGGUGCCAAGAUCGUAGCAAAUACUCAGGGAUUCUUCAUUGCUCAAUCUGCCGACGAAGUGAAACGGGCGUGGUUCUAUUGCAAAGCAUGCCACGAGGAUAUAAAAGACGAAACUCUGAUCAAGAAGUGCAAGUGCAAAAAUUAUGUGGGGAUGAUGAUGAUGCAGACCGGCAUGGUGAAAGGAAACACUGCCUACAGCAGUUACCUCGACGUGGCCACAUUCCGGAAAGGCGUGCGAGCUGUUCAAAUGGUUGGAAGAGCAAGUGAAGACUUCUCGUAUGCAAACGACCACCAUCCUCCCCCCACAUUCACUCCGCCAGAACUGCCCAAGAUGGUUCACGUAAGAGGUGAGAUCAGUCGCGACCGAGACGACCCAAACGCGAUGAGAAAUCACCGGAAUUCCGUCGGGAUGACCAUGAUGAAUUCAACAAAGCAGGUGAAUAAGGUGAAACCGAAUGUGAAUCGAGCGACAAACGACAGUUUAUCCAGUCCAAAUCAACCGUACAAUCAGAGAUCGCAAGAGGAGUCCGCAUACCCUGGCUACCAUCUCGCCUACGAAGUCAAAAAGCUCAUGCCGACGAGCAGAGCCUCGGGCGGCACGAACGUGAAUAACAACGGUGGUCUUCAAGUCGGAAUAGCCGACGACCAGGCGAAGGACUUCGACUUCGAGAAGACCGAAAUGAAGUACGACUCGACGGGAAUGUUCCACUGGAGUCCAUCCCGCAACCUCGAAGACUGCAUAUUGGAUCGUAAUCAGGCGGCGAUGACGGUUCUGAACGGGCACGUCGUCGUCUGCCUGUUCGCCGAUCCCGACUCGCCCCUCAUCGGACUGAGAAACCUUGUCAUGCCAUUACGAGCUUCCAAUUUUCAUUACCACGAGCUUAAACACGUAGUAAUAGUUGGGUCUGUGGAUUACAUCCGCCGCGAGUGGAAGAUGUUGCAGAAUCUGCCGAAGAUAUCGGUGUUAAACGGUUCACCAUUAAGCAGAGCAGAUCUGCGUGCCGUUAACGUGAAUCUGUGCGACAUGUGUUGUAUCCUGUCGGCUAAAGUGCCUAGCAACGAUGACCCCACCCUCGCCGACAAGGAAGCCAUCCUCGCGUCCCUUAAUAUCAAAGCUAUGACAUUCGACGACACCAUUGGAGUGCUCAGCCAAGCAAAUAAUGAGCAAGGUAAUUUGACCGCAGUUGGUAGCCCAAUCGUUUUGCAACGACGGGGAUCCGUUUAUGGAGCGAACGUGCCAAUGAUAACAGAACUCGUGAACGAUAGCAACGUGCAGUUCCUUGACCAGGACGACGACGAUGAUCCGGACACAGAACUGUACCUUACCCAACCGUUUGCUUGCGGUACUGCCUUUGCCGUCAGCGUAUUAGAUUCAUUAAUGUCGACGACGUAUUUCAAUCAAAAUGCGCUGACUUUAAUUCGAUCUCUAAUCACUGGUGGAGCAACGCCUGAAUUAGAAUUAAUUCUCGCCGAAGGGGCAGGCUUACGAGGGGGUUACAGUACGCCUGAUAGUCUGGCCAAUAGAGAUCGAUGCCGAGUAGGUCAAAUCGCGUUAUACGACGGGCCACUGGCUCAGUAUGGCGAAGGAGGCAAGUACGGUGACCUCUUUGUCGCAGCAUUAAAGUCGUAUGGAAUGCUGUGCAUUGGUCUGUACAGGUACAGGUUUCGGGAUACCAGCUCGUCGUGCGAUGCUUCAUCUAAACGAUACGUCAUUACAAAUCCUCCGGACGAUUUUACGUUAUUGCCUACAGAUCAGGUUUUCGUGCUGAUGCAAUUCGAUCCGGGUCUGGAGUACAAGCCGAGCAGAGGAGCUCGAGGGAAGGACGACGCCUCCUGACUGUUGCUGUGUAGCGCCCUCACCGACGGACCUUAUUCCUACAUAUAAACUCGCAAAGGAAAAUUCGCAUCAUGCCGCCCGUCGUCCCUACUGUGUCGACUUGUAGUCUUCUUCAUUAGCUGGCAUUACGAUACGAUGCCCUCAACGAAAUUAAUCGCAGGACCCCGUCCAUAAAGAACGUAUCAUCAACACGUCCGUUUUUUCCGCUGGUUGGACGUGUCGUCAGUGAUAUAUAUAUGUAUAUAUAUGUGUGUGUGUGUAUAUGUGUAUAUAUAUAUAUAUAUUUCGUCGAUACUCGGUAUAGCUGGAAUUCGGUUUCCCUCUGAUAGUGCCCACAGCAUUUCUCUGUUCCUUGCUGUUUAUCGCUAAAUCGUGAUUUAUUUUCGCAUCGUGACCGAAAAAGAAAGAGGAAAAAAAAAAAAAGAAGACAUUUCUACGUUGAGGCUUGGUUGUGCGUCGAGUAGAAAAGAUGGAACAACGUCAAAGUUGGCGACAGCUGGAGAAAGAAGAUUUGAAGGAAGAACAAGAGACGAGAGAGCAAAGAUCUGCGAAUGGGAAACGGGAGAAAUGAAGAGAGAAACGGGUAAGGGAUACCGGGACACGGUGUGAUGAGACACGGUCCGAGGGUAGCUACACGUUAAGCUUUCUAAAUCUUCGAAAGACAUGAGAUAUUAGAUCGCCUUCGAUGUUGAAGGCCGCAUAUGGACUGAACCGGUGGGCUUAUUCUGAAGCGUAACACUGGGGUGUGCGACUGUAAUCCCACGCCCUGUUUGCUUUCAGCAGAACACAGAAGAAAACCAGCAAAGAAGAAUAAACAAAAAAAAAAAAGAGAAAAAAGAAAAAAAAGAAAAAAGAAGAUGAGGUGAGGAGUUAUACUUGAAACAAAAAGAAGAAAAGAAGAAAACACAAAAAACAAAUGCGAAGCAGAAACAGCUUAAACUAUAAACGCUUGAGAACAUCUUCAAGGCUGAUCGCUGAGGAAUUGUAAUCGCCUUCGCGACUUAACGUAUACCAUCGCUGUAGCUCAUUCACAUGAUAUGUAAAUAAGUGCAGAACAGGUGAAUAUGUUGUCAUUCGAACUUUGAAAAAAAACAAGAAACAAAGAAACAAAGAAAGAAAGAGCGGAACGAGGAGGAAAGAGGAAGAUAUAGAAGAUAUGAAACAAUUGAUUGAGAUAUAACUGCACUGACAGGGCCGUUUUGGUUCCUCUCAUGUAAAAUGCAUUGUUCACUUUGCAAGACAGUCGUGUGUUCGUCUCUCCUGUAUCGUGAUUUUGUAUCUUGCCUUGCCAGCAAAAUGGAAAUAUGUAUACAUAUAUGUACAUGUAUCUGUAUAUGCGUAUGUACAGGGUGGUAACUGCAGCUAGAACAGAUCGUAACUUUUACUUUACUAGAAAAUGAAAGGGUAACGACUAAGGAUAAAACUAUACGAUUUCAUUAUUUUAUAACGUGACUCCUUUGUGAUUUCCUUUGUACCGUGCGACUGGAACACAGCAUCAUGUUGCAAUCAUACAAAUUAAUCGAGUAAUUCGCUGAAACGGAUCCGUGAGAUGUUGAUUUUUUGUGUCACGCGAGGUGAGAACGAUUAAUAUACGAAGCCCUAUAUUUUACACUUGCGACACUCAACGAAAACAGUUGUACAUACGCGUCACGGAAUGAAUUUCACGAAAAAAAAUCGAAAUUGAACAACGUCGUGUGUAUCAUGGGUGUGUUACUCUCUUGUUUUCGUUUCACCCUCGACAAAGAAAGAGAGCUACGGUCUGUCGUGGAUGCAACCGAUCAUCUUGUACGCUUAGUUUUAGAUCGAGCAGUUUGCAACCGAUAACGUGCAUCUUUACGACAAGAGAUUACGUGCGAGACAGGAGUGCAGGAUUACGUGUAAACUUUACCUUGAGUGUCUUCUUUUGCGGCUAAUGAUAAAAAAGAAACAAAAAGAAAAAAACAAAAAAAAAAAACAAAAAAAAAAUCUCAAUCAAGCACUUUGUACAGAUUCUAUACAUAAACGUGUAUGCUUGCGUGGAUGCAUGUAUGUGUGCAUGUGUGUAUUAUAUGUAUGUAUGUACCGCGCGCGGAGCUGGAAAAAAAGUCCCCUUGGAAGGAAACGCGGGCCCGAUCGGAUUAUUUCGGAUGGACCUAAUACAAUCAUAAAAAAUAAGCACGCGUAUUGCCUGAAAGUAAGAACGAAGAGCGAUGGAGAACAAUAUUUCCCUGGCCCCGUCUGCCUAUCCCGCGAGAUUUCCUUCUAACUCCGCGUUUAUACGUGUGUAUGCACUGUAUAUACGUAUGCACGUAUGUACGUGCGUAUGUAUAUAUGUAUGCAUGUAUGUAUAUGUGUGAAUAUAUAAUAACUUAACGAUAAAAAGAAGAAGAAGAAGAAGAAGAAGAAAAAAAAAACACCCUUUUUCCACACAACUUGAGUAUUAAUCGACUAUGUAUCGAUACGACUAUAUAUACAUUAUAGAUAUAUAUGCACAUAUAUAUGUAUACAUAGACACUCUCUUUUAUAUAUUUUUGUGAAACUACACGAGUGUGUACAUACGAACGUACAUAUGUGUACAUACAUCCAUAUACGUAUACACGUAUGUAUGUAUGUAUAUAUGUCUGUAUGCAUGUAUAUGUAUAUAUAUGUAUGUAUGUAAAGAAGCAAAAAAAAAAAAAAAAAAAAAAAAAAGGAAAUACACAGAUACACCUAUACACAAAUACUUCUUCCUUGCUCUUUCCCCCGCUCCGCCCCUCCCUUUUUUCUGUCACUAACCAUGACUGAAACACGCACACGUAAUGAUACACAUACGAUACGUACGAGUGCAUGUAUAUGGCAACACGAUCAUGCAAGCGAAAGAAGAGAAAACAAACUGGCAUGAAUUCACAAACACAAAACGUACACGCGCGGAUACGCGCGCAUCCUUUCUUUCUGUCUCACUUGCGCGCGCGUAGUGCACACACGAACGAGAGGAAUUCACGGUGGGAGAGGGAACGAUAAUCGCAUCGAUGAAAAAAAAAAAAAAAAGAAACGGAUGCAUCGCGCUGGAAGAAAGAAGAGCAACAAAGGGGAAUGGAAAGAGGAAAAAGGAAAAAAAAAAAAUUAGGGAACCAGGGGAAACGAUUCGCGCGUGCGGAAGUACGACGAGUGCAAAAACAAAGGAUGAAGGUAUCGCGUGAUCCGACCAAAUACACGAUGUAAAAAUACGUUGAAAAAGAGAAGAAGAGAAAUUAAAAAGAACAAGAAAACAUCAGGUUACGUGAGCUCGAAAAUCGUUCAAAU